AACGAUCCAGGUGACUAUAAAGAAGGUGAAACACCACGCCUAGCUGACUCAGCUGAUAUUCAAUCUUUCGUUUUCCAGUCCCCCCCAAGCAAGAAAAGAAACUGAUCAGAAAAACAAUUUGAGACUGCCCCGUAUAAAUAGGGAAGUAUGAGCUCUCUGAGCCUCAUUCUAGACACCUUCACCCUGCGUACAUCAAACCAAGUUGGUUUUGCAGCAAUGUUUAUGCAAUUUUGUUUGAAGAACAUCCACAGAUUCUUAGCAGCCCUGUUGGGAUGGAUUUAUAUGCUUGUGUCUGGCACCCAGGUGCAAAAACCCGCUGUCGGAAACAUCAGUCGCCCGAAGACCACCAAAGAGCAGAAAGAGGGCUCCAGCACUCAGCUGACUACUCCAAGCAGUGUAAACUACCACUUUACCCGGCAGUGCAAUUACAAAUGCGGAUUUUGCUUCCACACUGCAAAGACCUCUUUCGUCUUGCCCACUGAAGAGGCAAAGCGAGGCUUGCGACUUCUGAAAGAAGCAGGAAUGGAAAAAGUCAACUUUUCUGGAGGAGAGCCCUUCCUUCACGAGAGAGGUCAUUUUCUGGGAGAGCUGGUGCGAUACUGCAAACAGGAGCUGCAGCUGCCGAGCGUCAGCAUCGUAAGCAACGGCAGUCUGAUCACAGAAACGUGGUUCCGGAAAUACGGUGACUACUUGGACAUCCUGGCAGUAUCUUGUGACAGUUUUAAUGAGGACACCAAUAAAGUCAUAGGUCGAGGUCAGGGCAGAAAGAGUCAUCUGGACAAACUGCAUCAAGUUCAUAACUGGUGCCGGGACUAUAAGGUGGCUUUCAAAAUCAACUCAGUUAUCAACACCUUCAAUGUGGAUGAAGAUAUGGCGGAGCAGAUCACUGCUCUGAACCCAGUGCGCUGGAAGGUCUUCCAGUGUCUGAUAAUUGAAGGUGAAAACGCUGGGCAGAACAGUCUCCGUGAGGCAGAGAAAUUCGUCAUUAGCGAUCAGCAAUUCCAAGACUUCCUGGACCGCCAUCAGAGUGUUAAAUGUCUGGUUCCAGAGUCUAAUCAAAAGAUGAGAGACUCUUACCUGAUUCUUGAUGAAUAUAUGCGUUUCUUGGAUUGCCGAGAGGGGAGGAAGGAUCCGUCAAAGUCCAUUCUGGAUGUUGGUGUGGAAGAGGCCAUCAAGUUUAGUGGUUUUGAUGAGAAGAUGUUCCUCAUAAGAGGGGGGAAAUAUAUGUGGAGCAAAGCAGAUAUGAAACUGGAGUGGUGAACUGUUUUAAUAUUGCUCUUUUUAGUCUGUGUUUACAUUGAGACUUAUUUAAUUUAUAUGGUAAUAAACAAUUGUACAGAAUAGUUACAGAAGU